GCGGCAUCUGAUCCCAGGAUGGGGAGAGCGUGGAGCGAGCGCUGAGGAGAGGACAGGUUCUGGAGGAGGGAUCAGAGAAAUCCAACCAGCUCUCUCAACUUUUGCUGCAGGAGAUUAUGGGAUAACAGGAUUUUUUUGUGGAUACUUUGCGACCACUUGGGUGUACCCACCUUGAAUCUGGUUGGCCCAGCUUAGUUCUGUUGGUACAGGCAGAUGUACUGCUCUGUUUGGAGAAAAAGGCAAAGGGCAAAGGAUAUAGGUGUAAUCCGGCACAAAGGACUGGGUUUGGCUGGGCCUGGGCCUGUUUUGAUUAGAUCGUGUCCCCAGGAUGUUGAGUCUGGAUGGGUUGGAGAUGAUAGCUGUCCUGGUGGUGAUGGGACUGUUCGUCAAAGUCCUGGAGCAGUUUGGACUCUUCGAAGUUGUAGGAGAGGAAGACAGCGUAGAAGACGACUUUGAGUUGUCCACUGUGUGCCAUCGACCAGAGGGUCUGGACAAACUACAGGAGCAGACCAAGUUCACCAAGAAGGAACUACAAGUUCUCUACAGGGGCUUCAAGAAUGAGUGUCCAAGUGGAGUGGUGAAUGAGGAAACCUUUAAAACCAUCUACUCUAAAUUCUUCCCCCAGGGUGAUUCGGGUGCGUAUGCACAUUUCUUGUUUGAGGCCUUUGACACUAACAAGAAUGGAUCAGUUAGUUUCGAGGACUUUGUGAUUGGUCUGUCUAUCAUUCUGAGAGGAACGAUAAAUGACCGGCUGAACUGGGCCUUCAACCUGUACGACCUGAACAAAGAUGGCUGCAUCACCAAAGAGGAGAUGAUGGAUAUAAUGAAGUCUAUCUAUGAUAUGAUGGGGAAGUACACAUAUCCCUGUAUGCAGGACGAGGCGCCCAGAGAACAUGUGGAGAGCUUCUUCCAGAAAAUGGAUCGUAAUAAUGAUGGGGUGGUCACUAUUGAUGAGUUCAUCGAGUCAUGCCAAAAGGAUGAGAACAUCAUGCAGUCCAUGCAGCUGUUUGACAACGUCAUCUAGGAGCCUCUGACAUAGAAAAGUUGCUGAAGAACAGGGGAGGUGUGAGUGUGCGCCUGUAUUUGUGUGUUUGUGCGCGUGUAUGUGUGUGUUGUGGGGGGGGCUCUGAGAAGGGCUUGGACAUUGACCCUCAGCCCCCCCCCCCCCAAAAUCCUGACACCUCCUUCUAACUCCUUUCUCUCCGCACCCACUCCAAGCCCCUCCUCUUAUCCAAACUUUCACACACAGAAAAGAGAAGGGCUGGCUCAUAGACUCUGACCCACACCCACACCAAGGACCUGUUCAGGAAUGUGCAGCUUUACAGAAUGUUCAGAUAGAAAUGUGUUGUGCAGAACAGAUAUGAUUGCCAGUCGUUUGUAAUAAGGAGUCAAUCGUAUCAGCUCUAUUUGUCAAUCUGCAACAUUCGAGGCGAUUUUCCUCAUUGAAUACACUUGUUUCAUUAAUCAUUUUAUUAUUUAACACUCCUGUUUCUGAGAAAGCUGCUGUAGCCUGCUGGCUGGACUCAACAUAGGAUGAAAUCCCCCUACUCACUGAUCUAAGGUCAGUUUUGCAUAGCCCCACCUAAUGGUUAAGGUUACGGUCAGGAGUGGUUCAGCGGAUCCUAGAUCUGUGGAUGCCAACUCCUAACAGAGCAGGUUGACUCCUGACACUUCUGACAUUAAUACAGAGGUAACUAGCGCCACUUAGUGGACAAAAGGAGGAAAGGACACCUGGAAAAGGGACAACAGAACAGAAGGGACUGAGGAUCUGAAGGAUGAGACUUACUCUUCACGAACAGAAGAGACAUAGUUGUUUUCAAUAAGGGACUGAUUUUAAUAUCGCAUGAUGAUAUCUUUAAUAAUAACCUAUAUAUAUUUACAGAAAUACUACAGCCUGUCUGUUGUCUGUCUGCUGGUCCUAGUCACCCACAGGUGCCUCGCUCAGUGUAUGUGUGUGUGCGUUUGUGCAUGCGUGUGUACGUAUUUGCGUGCGUUUGAGAGGCUGUACUGGCAUUCCCGUCUCCGUUAGGAACCCAUUCAGAUUUCAACCCCAUCAUACGAGACCUCCUUCGUACUAACACUAACUUAACCUCUGGCCUUUAUACCUGUUACCUUAGCUGUAGGUGUAUGCUGACUGUUGUACCUCUUCCAAUAACCCUGUGGUCAAGAACUACUAAACAGUCUGUGGCGCUAUAUUGAUGAACAUGCUGGUUGGACCAUCUAGGCUCCUCGAAGACCCCUUUCUGUAUUUACAGGUGACUAACUGAUGCAGUGAAUUGUGGGAAUUGAAGUUCAAAACUGUAACACUGAUUAUUUUGCAUUAUACUUAUCAUACAGUUGAAACUGAAAGCAUUUCUGUUUAGAUCAACCAUGAAAGACCAGCAACAUGUCAAGAACAAUUUAAUCUCCUUCAGAAUCCCAAUUAAGCCUCUUGUUACAUGUCUAAGUGUGUGCGUGGGUAGGUGGGCAUGAAGACAGCAGUAAUGUUUCCUGCCCCCCCCCCCACUGACACCAAAGAGUCAGGCACACCAACUAAAGUAUUUAAAGCCACCCUCAAGUUAUAUCAGGGUAUAAAUAGACACAUUUGUGAAAUUUGAGAGAGGGAAGAGAGGAGAAGGAUCAGAAAGGAGAGUAUGAGUGUUGUUGUGUGUACA